AUGCUAGCAGUGGGACGCGGGAAGCUAAGCGGAGUGCACGCCGGUCUGGUCAUACUCACGCCGCUGGGUGACACCACGGCCGGGGGGUCGCAUCAGACGCCAGGACACACGCCAUUAGAGCCGCCCCCCUCUAUUCUGAACACCGUUUACACGGCCGUAAAGGACGUGUUCUCUCCCCCCACACCGCACGCGGUGGAGUCCACCUCCCACCAGCUGUCCGCUCCCCCGCCGGUGCCAGAGUUCAAGCCCAUGUCUUGGGGCGCCGUCAACUCCUACGGCGAACCGGCUGCCUUAGACACGUACCCGGAUUACGACCCCCGCAACCCCCACCCCCCUUUCGACUACGCCACCUCCAAGCACUCCGUGGUCCCGACCCUGCACAAGAAGGAGGGCCUCACGCCCGCCAAGAUCCAGAAGAUCAACCGCAACCUCAGCAAGCUCGCCGCUUACAUGAACAACAACGUUCAGAGGUCCUUGGACGACGCGCCCCAGUUUAAUCACGAGCGAUUCGAGGAGAUGCUCAAGACCGGCCGCGCCUUCCUCCCAACCCCCAAUUCGGACAACGAGAUCGGCGUCCUCCCCGCCGAGCUCCUCCCCGACCUCGAUUCGACCACGGCCCCCGCAACUACGACCACUACGACCCCCCCGACCACGACCACCGACGCGACUGAGACCAACACAAACAGAAGACAAGACGUGAAAUACUUCCUACGCGGAAACAAGAUCGUUCUAGUU